ACAUAAAAAAAUUUUACAUUUUUAAAUUUUUUUGGAGUAGACAAGUAAAAGAGAUUGAUAAGCAAGUGCCCGCGUGACCAGUAUCUUGACAUCCGACGAUACCGAGGGGAGCAUUUCAUUACAUGGCGGCGGCGGCGGCGGCUUCGCUAAUCCCGGCGGUCAAUUCGCACCGCCCAAUCCGUUCUCCAGGAAAAAAUUGCAAAUAUGUUGGCCAAUCUGUGAGGGCGUUGCCAAUCCGGGUAUUGACGGUUGGAAAGAAGAGAUCGCCCGGUGUUCAAUUGAUAGUUGAUGAGUAUCUUGAAAAGGUGAGGCAUUACUGCCAUGUAGAUGAUGUGCGGAUUAAAUCUAAUCCGAAGAAUGCCCGUGACGUGACUGCUCAGAUUGAACACGAGAGCAUGUCUGUGAUUGGUGUUCUUCGUCCCGACGAUUGGGUGGUAAUGGUAGAUGAGCAUGGAACUGAUGUUUGCUCUGAGCAGAUGGCUUCUUUAAUUGGGGAUGUUGGGAACAUGGGAGCAGUGAAUUUGGUCUUUUGCAUAGGCGGGCCUUAUGGACACGGACGACAUUUGCAAGAGCGAGCAAAUAUAUCGAUCAAGUUGUCAUCUUUGGUCUUAAAUCAUGAGGUUGCAUUAGUUGUAUUGGUGGAGCAACUUUACAGGGCAUGGACCAUUAUCAAGGGACAGAAUUAUCAUCAUUAGAUGGCAUGCUUUCUUAAAAGACACCAGCCUGCUCCUUUAGGAAAAAAUGGGAUUCAUUAUAGUUUGAGGCAUUUAAACAAGAUUGCAGAAAAAGACCAUAUAAUGUAUGGAUCAAGAGAGAGAGAGAUGAAUGAAAAUAUGUAAAGGGU